AGGAGUUAACAGAUACAGCGAGGCGGCGCCUCUAGCGUUACUGUUAGUUUGAGGCGUAAACCGACGGCUGCGAACGUCGCGCGGAUUAUUAUCGAGUGGUAGUUACAUGAUGGGAUAUUUAUACAACUGCUCCAAUCACCUAUAGCGAAAAAACGACAGCCAAGAUGUCGCCCCCACUGUCGGCGCACCAGCGCUGGCGCCGCGAGGCCGAAGAGCUCACCGAGAAGACGCCCACCGCCGCCAACGCUACCGUCUCAAACAUGACCACCCCGACACCAGGAGUGUCCGUGAGCCCAAAUGCUACAGAGGGCCCGCCCACAACAACUACCACACAAGAAUCGAUAGCAGAGAAGACGGCUGAAAUUGCUCACAAGAUGAAUAUGGAAACGUGGCAAUUAGUCGCCAUUCUUGUGGGGGUAGCUGUUGUUGUGUUGGGGAUUUGCUUCUGUUGCAUUCGGCGAUGUUUCCGCAAGAGACGUUCCAAGGAUGGCAAAAAGGGGAUGAAAGGGGUCGACUUCAAGUCCGUCCAGCUUUUAGGCUCAGCAUACAAAGAAAAGGUUCAGCCGGAUAUGGAGGAGCUCACGGAGAAUGCUGAGGAACCAGACGACGGAGAAGACAAGAAAGAGGAACAGAAGCUAGGAAAGGUCCAGUACAAGCUGGAAUAUGACUUUAAUAGCAACAGUCUGUCAGUAACUGUCAUCCAAGCUGAAGACCUCCCGGCUUUGGACAUGGGUGGAACGUCAGAUCCUUAUGUAAAAGUGUACCUACUGCCGGAUAAGAAGAAGAAGUUUGAAACCAAAGUACACCGAAAAACUCUGAGCCCUGUUUUCAACGAAACUUUUGUAUUUAAGAACGUACCAUACGCAGAUGCGAUGAACAAAACUCUAGUGUUUGCGAUAUUCGACUUUGACCGAUUCUCCAAACACGAUCAGAUCGGCGAAGUGAAGGUGCCCCUGUGCCAAGUUGAUCUGGCACAAACGAUUGAAGAAUGGCGUGAACUCCAAAGUGUUGAAGGCGAGGGAGGCCAGGAUAACAAGCUUGGAGACAUAUGUUUCUCCUUGCGUUAUGUACCAACUGCUGGAAAAUUGACCGUCGUUAUUUUGGAGGCAAAGAAUCUGAAGAAAAUGGACGUCGGUGGCUUGUCAGAUCCGUACGUAAAGAUCGCACUCAUGCAAAAUGGAAAACGUCUCAAGAAGAAGAAAACGAGCAUCAAGAAAUGCACACUGAAUCCAUAUUACAACGAGUCAUUUACUUUUGAAGUACCAUUCGAACAAAUACAGAAGGUGAAUCUAGUGGUAACAGUGGUGGAUUACGAUCGCAUCGGCACUUCGGAGCCAAUCGGGAAAGUGGUUCUGGGCUACAACGCGUCAGGAACGGAACUACGUCACUGGUCGGACAUGCUGGCUAGCCCGCGACGCCCGAUCGCGCAGUGGCACACACUCAAAGAUCCCGAAGAUGGAGAAAAGAAAGAUUAAGCAAGAAAAGAAAGAAAGACAUCAAGCAAUGGUGGAUCGGCAAAGAAGAGGAAAUCGCCUUAUUCAACAAUCCACUUCAGAUAACUUUCAAGCAUUGAAACUGAAGACUUAGAUUUACAAUUAUUAUUUAACUAACAUUUGAAAGUUUCUUUGACAUUUUUUUUCCAUUCAUCCAUGGGUUAUAUAAAAUCAUUAUUUCAUGCAAAGAUAUCUAUUAUUGUUAUUUGUAAACUGAUAAAUUCUUUAUCAUUAACUUAUAAUUGAAUAUCUGUUUUUUUUUUCUUUCUAAAUUUUAAGCGAACCAUUUUUUCUAUAAAUAUUAUUUAAUUCGUCCAUUCAUUCAUCAAUAUAUUGGGCUAUGUGUACAAAAUACUUAUUUUUAGAAGAUAAGCCAUUCAUUUAGACCAUCUAAAAUUUUAUACAGUAAUUAUGUUUCAUGAAAUAAAUUUUUACAAUAGGUUACCUAAGGUACAAGAAGUACAUUAAGUAACUAGAUAUUUAAAUCUCUACUAUUAUUAUUGUAUCGGAGCUAUGUAAAUAAGUUGUAUCCUGUUAAAAUUAUUACAUUCUAUUUUAAUACCAAAUAAGUGUUAUUAAAAUUUUAAGUACUUAUAUUAUUAUAUUAGAUUCCUCUAAAGAAGGACAGUUCUGUAGGUAUGAUGUAGAUAUAAAGCUUCAUGUUUGUUUUAACAGAAUCUAGGGGGUUAUUUAGACACUUACCUUCUUUGGAGGAAAAAUUGGCCUAUUGAGGUGAUGCCUCUACCCAGUUUAUUUUAAAACAUGACAUUCAUAAAUUUGCUCUUUAUGACCACCGACUUAGAGAUCCAAAUGUAAAAAACACACUUUUAAAUUUGCUUUGAAAAAUACAAAAAAAGCAAUUAACAAGUGUUGCCACAGAUACUUAAUUUUGUUAUUAUAUUGCUUUAAGACAUUUGCAACUUUUGUUUGUAUGUGUGAUGAGCAUUUAGCUACUUAAUUUCCUCAUUUAAAUGUUUAACUUAGGUGUAGACAAAUACCUAUGUAUUACAGAAAAAAAUAUUGUAAUAUACCUACAUGAUAGUAAAUAAUAAAUUAUAUUACACAAUAUUCAUAGAAUUUGUAUUAUCCUGUUGCUAGGUUUGCUCCAACAAAUUUCAGUAACCUUAUAGGGAUUUCAUCUGAACUUUUAGCCCAACUUUUGACAUUAUAUAAAUAUGAAUUAUAUUUUUCCCUCAAUUUACUAAAUAAAAUUCAUUAAAUCUCACAAAAGUCAUUAACUUUAUAUUACACAUAAUUAGUCUAGACUAGAGCUGUGCAUGAUGUCAAAAAUGUAGAUAUGGAUAAUAGACAUUCAAAUGCAAUUAUAUUUUUCCUGAUUUUGUUGUUAUUGAAAUCUCCACAAUUGAAUUAAAUAUUUUAAUUUAUAAUUAUUAGAGAAAGAAUAUACAUGGAAAGCCUUUAAGAGUAUCUGCAGAAAGGGAAUUAAAUUAUUUGGCACAACUCUAAUCUUGAUUACUUGUCUUCAAUGAGGUUAGUAAUAAGCAAAUAAUCCUUAUAAUUUUGGUGUGAGAAAUAUAUUAUACUAUACGUACUUAGCUAAUGCUUGACUGUUGUUGAUCUCAAAAGUGUAUGUUACUGUGUAUAUAAUGUAAUCACAUGUUAAAUUUCACAAUCACAUAUAGGAUUAGAUAUAACGAAGGCAGGCUUCAAGAGUAUAAAAGUGCACCAUCACGAAAAUAUGUAGACUUGUGGUUCAAAUACUGUAUUUACUAAUAAAAUUAAUUAUGUGAAUAUUAUGUACCUAUAGUUUGUACUUUAAGUAAAAUUCUACAGAUUCAUGGUUAAUGAAACCUAUGACAGGCUAGAGCCUAUGCCAUUAUUUUCAAUAUUAAUUUUAAAUUCUAUAAUUUUCUUUUCUACUGCAAUUACUGAAAUAAUCAUCUUGCACUUUUUCCAGGACUUGAAAAUUAUUUUGAUAUUUUGAAAGACAAGGUGUGACAUUUUGACUUACUAAUUCUGCAAGCUAUAUCUUAGGCCCUUGCAGUUAAAGGUUUAUUUGAGGCUAUUGAAAAGCUCCUAAUUAAGUAAGUACUGUGUAUGGGUUAGAAGCAAGUGGGGCAAUUUAUUUUAUUAAAUUUUGAAUAUUUAAUUAUAUAUUACAUACCACUAAUCAUGAGUCUGUUGGAAUCAUUUACAAGUAAAAAAUUGGACCUUGCUUGACAGUCGAGCAAAUGUAGUAGGUACUUUUUGACAAUAUGAAUAUUCAAAACAUUUAAAUAAUAUAUAUUAAAUAGUAUCUUGUAAUUUUAAGUAGACAAUGUUAAUCAGUUUGCUGUCGUUUUUAAACAUGUAAACUUUUCUCUUUCCUAAUAUGUUCAAAUAAUUAAUUCAUAAUGUUAUUGAACAAAAAUUUAAGCCAUUAAAUAUAAUAAUAAUGACAUAAUUGGGCUGAAACAAUACCUUGAAAUUGAGAGUGCAACAUUAUUCUAGUAAUUUUCAACUAGGCAAAACAAAAAAAUAAUACAAAUGAAUAUAAUUCUCUUCUAGGUGAGUCUUCUCAGCUAGUUACAAGUGAAAACUAAGAGUGAUUUUUUUGUAUGCAUUAUAUUCUAUAGGAUAGGUUAGGUAUUGUUUUAAAUGAUGCUAUUUUGCUUUAAUAAUAUAUUUCAAUAUUUAUUAAAUAUAAACAAAUGAAAAUACCAUCAUAAUAUUUAUAUGUAAAUGUACAUAAUAAUAUAAACCAAAGAUCAUAAAACAAAAUAAUCAUAUCACUCGCCUGUUAAACAAACCUAACUAAUCUGAUAAAGUUUUGUUGAAAAUUAUUUUAAAAAUAGACAUCGUUUAGUAAACUGUUAUUAUUUAAUCUAGUUUAAAAACAAUAAUGUAUUAUGUGAAUCGUAACAAAUAUAAUACAAGAUGACAUAGA